GAGGAAUUACAACUGGUCAUCGAGUACUAUUCAAAGGAUACGGUAAAAUCUAGAGUUCAUAGUACCGAACAUGAUGGCGAAGACCACAAUUUUUCUUGCACUGUUUCUACUGCUACUUUUGCCAGCCAAAAUUAUAGGACUAUGGUGGGCAGUCAGGAGUCCGUUUCAUUUAGACCAAAACAAAAUAUGUAAGGUAUCGAGAAAAUUGGCGGGUGUAACGUAUGCGGUAACUCAGGCUUGUUCCAUGGGCGAACUUCUCCAGUGUGGCUGCGACGAUGAAGUGUCCAGACAUGCUGGUAGCAAUAGCACCUGGGAGUGGGGAGGCUGUGCAGACAACAUCGAAUUCGGUUACCAGAAAUCUAAAGAGUUUAUGGAUGCACAGGACAAAAGGCGCAGUGAUAUUAGGACGCUUAUAAAUUUGCAUAACAAUGAAGCAGGUCGUCUGGCCAUCAAAAAGAAUAUGAGAAUAGAAUGCAAAUGCCACGGACUAUCUGGGACAUGCACAGUAAAGACCUGCUGGCAGAAGAUGCCAGUAUUUAGAUUCGUUGGAAAUAGACUGAAAGAGAAAUUCAAUAGAGCAACCGAAGUAAUAGGUGGUAACGAUGGCAACGAGUUACUACCAGAGGGCGAGACAAUAAAACCGCCGACGGACGAGGAUCUGGUCUACACGGCAAAGUCGCCAGAUUUCUGUGAACCGAACAGAAGAGUUGGGUCUCUUGGUACAGGGGGUAGAAACUGUAAUAACACGUCGUUGGAUGUUGGUGGUUGUGAUCAACUGUGUUGUGGCCGUGGUUACAAAGAGGAGACAAUUACGGUAACCGAAAACUGCAAGUGUCGCUUCCAUUGGUGUUGUGUGGUCAACUGUGACACGUGCACAACUAAAAAAACUAUUCAUAAAUGUAACGGAUACCGUUCGUAAGGACAAGUUACGUUGAUUGUGAACAUUACCGUCCGUCACUUAUAGAGAAUGAUCAUCGGACUAGAUAAUUUUGGAAUGCAUGUUUUUUAUAUGAACGAUGACAUUUGCCUUCAAUCACUUCCUGGAUAUUCUGUGUCGUUUCGCAACAAUGCGACACCAGCUCCUUGAUCGUUUUGACAAUAUUGUGACGUCACUUCCUGAAUAUUUUGGAUGUCUGCGCAACAUUAUGACGUAAUAUUCUAAAUAUUUCGGAUCAUUUUUGCAGCAUUGUGACAAGUCUAAUAUCAAGCAAUACAUCGAAAGCAAAGAAAACAUACUGACACAUGUGGCCAGACCAGAUACUCUUAUUUUCCAGCGGAUAUUUUGUGUGCAUACAAUGUUUUAUAACAGGACUGAGCACGGGUAGGAACAACAAUGAAUUGUGCAUCCUGGCAUGUCGUAAGCAAAAUGUGUUCUUUGUUACCAGCAAUAUUUACGGGACUUCUUUUGAAUCUGCAUCCAAAAUGAGUACAUAUUCUUUCACGAAUUAUUCUGAAAACGAAGCAUUGGGACAGCAGCCAUGUCAGUUGUAUUAUUUUGAGAGAGUCCUAAAAACCUAAUUAUAUAUCUAUUCAAUGGUGUCUGCGUGACGGAUGUGAAUCGUCAGAGCCCAUUUGCACUAGAAUAAUCAAACCAUGAUGGCGGGCGUCAAAACAAUGACGGUUUGGUGGGAGCGGCGCAAUGCAUUUUGCAGUAGUGUUACUAUGACUGGGCUCACAAAGCUAGGCAAAGACUUCGCAAAAUUAUACCACAAGGAGGAAGAUAUUCCUGUAUUGCACAACGUUGCUCAAUUUAUUUUUUUAAUUAAAACAGUUUAUAGUUGUAUAAAUAUGCAUAAUAUGCAAAUAUUUGAUAGCGAUAUGUAUAUUACAUGAGUUUCCAUGCAUUUCAGACUACCAAACCGGUAGCAAAUCAAAUAUUAAAAAGACCAACGGGACAUGAACAUAAUAUAACACGACUUGUAAAUUGAAAUUGCCAAUUGCCUAGAACCAAAGCAUUAGUGUAUUUUAUAUAAACUGUUAAUAUCAGAGAUUUUUAAGACUAUAUAUUAGACAAUCGCAAAAGGCUAGUUGCUGAAAAGGUAACUGUAGGUAACUAAUGUUUGCUAUUGGUCGAAUUUUGAAUGUUAACGUUGCAUUGGAUGGUAGGAUACAUAGUUAUUACAAGGGUACUGUUUCGUGCCACGAGUUGCUGAUAAACAGCGACAGUUUCAAAAAUUAAUGUGAGAAAUUUCACACUAUGUGACACUAAACAUGGGUCACUGUAGUGGCCAUAUUAUGGAAAUAAUGGUUUAACGAUUAGAUUUUAUGGGUGAGGAAAAGAUAGAAAAUUAUUUUUUUCUUUACCAAUAUUUAGUACGAGAUAUGUAUUUCCACGAUGAAGCUGGUGUAAACAAAUUGUUGGUUUUUUCUCUAGAUUUUGGUUUUUAUUUUAUUUAUAUAGUUUUUGCUCUAUCGUUGCAACGCAUUUUAUCUUUCUAAGGGCCAACUGUGAUAUGUCAGUAGCACUAACAUGGCCGCCAUUCGUCCAUCUUGGAUUAGAUCAUUUUAGCAUCUUAGUUAGUAACUAUACGUAAAUGCAUUCUGUGGUUAAUCGUUAAAUUCAGAUAUAUCUUUGGUACGUCCAUCCCACUGUUCCAACCCAUGUUUACAGUACUCCCUGUGCUUCACUAAUGACGAGAAUCAUUAUGAAGAUCGAUAGGUCAAAGUUUAAAGGUCGAUUUAAAAAUGGUUUCCGUCUGAUUUCAGCAUUUUUGAAGUUGUAUAUUUUACUAUAUCAUUAUUUAUUUCAAGAAAAUAAUACCAUUUUCGCUUUGAUAAGGUU